UACGAGUCCGUUUUUGACCCGGACGAAAGCUUUCUUCUUUCUUUCUUCAAUGUCGUUGAAACUAUCGAAUUGAAAUUCCACUCACUGUUUUCCCAAUUUCACACUUGAAUUACUCUCCAAAUUCACACAGAAUUUGGAUUCCACGACAAAGCGAGAAAAACGAAGAGCUUCGAUUCUCUCUCCCUCUGCGCCUCUCUUGGUCUGCUCUCUUUGUGUGUGUGUGUGUCUGCCUGCCUCAUUGCAUUAGGGUUUUCGGGAAAUGAAAUCUCCGUUAGGUAAGCUUCGAGGAUUUAAGCUUCAUAAGAGCGAUGCUAAGGACAAAAGAGACCUUUUACCUUCCGCACAGUUGGAUGAGCUCGCUCAAGCUGCCCAGGACAUGCAAGACAUGAGAAAUUGCUACGAUAGCUUGCUUUCUGCAGCUGCUGCAACGGCAAACAGUGCAUACGAAUUCUCAGAGUCACUGCGGGAAAUGGGUUCUUGUCUACUGGAGAAAACUGCAUUACAUGAUGAAGAAAGCGGUGGAGUUUUGUUGAUGUUGGGGAAAGUGCAGUUUGAACUUCAAAAACUUGUUGAUAGAUAUCGGUCCCACAUAGUUUUGACAAUCACACAUCCAUCAGAGUCUCUUCUCAAUGAACUUCGGACAGUUGAGGAUAUGAAGCGACAAUGUGAUGAAAAAAGAAAUGUCUAUGAACACAUUGUGGCACAACAGAAAGAAAAAGGAAAAUCAAAGGGUGGGAAAGGUGAAAGCUUUACUUUGCAGCAACUGCAAACAGCUCAUGAUGAAUAUGAUGAAGAGGCAACCCUGUGUGUUUUCCGGUUGAAGUCUCUGAAACAAGGACAGUCUCGAAGUCUUCUAACACAGGCAGCUCGUCAUCAUGCAGCUCAGUUGAAUUUCUUCCGGAAGGGACUUAAAUCACUUGAGGCUGUUGAUCAACACUUAAAACUUGUCGCAGACCAACAACAUAUCGAUUAUCAGUUCUGUGGACUUGAAGAUGAUAGUAAGGAAUAUGGUGAAGGUGACGAGAAUAAUGGUGAUCCAAAUGGAGGCAGGGAACUGAGUUUCGACUACAGAGCAAAUAAGCAGGGGCAUGAUGUUGUUUCUGCUUCAAGGAAUUCAAUGGAGGUGGAUGAUGUUGACUUGUCAUUUCCUCAAGCUUCAAUGACGGGAAGUGCAGAGUUAAAUCCAGACAAAAACCAAGGGGGUUUCCCGAUCUCGCUUAGGGAACAUCGACCAGGAAGCCAUUCUGCACCAAUAUUUCCCGAAAGAAAACCUGAUCCAGGUGAAAAAAUAAGACAAAUGCAUUCAUCUGCAAGGAAGUCCUACACAUAUGUGCUGCCCACACCCAUUGAUGCUAAGGGUGCAAUCUCCUCGAGGACAAGUGGUUCAGCUGCGCAAACAAGGCCAAGUGACCGCGGUGGACGCACCCGUAAUUUGUGGCAUUCAUCCCCAUUGGAACAGAAGCAGCAUGAAAAAGAUCCUAUUGACAGUUCUCUGGCAGAAUUUACUGUCUUAAAACCAAGUUCAGCACACAAACAUAGCAACUGCAAUGCAUCCAUCCAGUUACCCCCUCCUUUAGUGGAAGGAACUUCACUUCCGCAGUUCGAUACAUGUAAUUCAUCUGAUAACAAGAAAAUUAAACGCCAAUCUUUCUCUGGGCCAAUAACUAGUAAGUCAUGGUCUAUGAAGCCUGCUUUAUCUGCCAGUGGUCCCAUCUCCUCUAACGAACUUCCCCAACAAGCUUCUGGUGUGUUUCCACGUGUAAUGAUUCCUCAGACUACAUCUCCAAAAGUAUCCCCAACUGCUUCACCACCCCUUGCAUCUUCGCCCAGAAUAAGUGAGCUUCAUGAGCUUCCUAGGCCACCAGUUAAUUUAGCCUCAAAACCAGCAAAAUCAUCUGCAUUAGUUGGUCACUCGGCUCCAUUGGUGAGGAAUCCUGAGCAUUCUGGAGCAAGCAAGGUGCCUUCUACAACAACAAAUUAUGCAUCACCUCUGCCAAUUCCGCCUUUGGUUGUCCCUAGGAGUUUCUCAAUACCCACCAGCGGUCAGAGAGCAACGACAGUGCAUGUUUCCAAGUCUAUGGAGUCUCUGCAUGUCCCAGAAAAGGCUGAAGAAGUUGACUCUCCACCACUGACACCUAUUUCCCUGGCAAACAUGAAACAAGCAUCUACCCUAUCUGAAUUGCUUCCUCAUUCUGGUCAAAUUAGAGGUGGGAGCUGAUAUCAUGCACGUUAGAUGAAUUCCUGAUUUUCUUUUCUCAAGACUGCCUUGCCUGAUGCAAUCUUUUUCUUCCUGGGGUCUCGUUCUUCUUCAAGCUGGGGCACUGUAAAUAGUAUGCUCUACGCAUUGUUUAGUUUCUCAUCCAAAAUUUUGUGCAUCGUGUGAUUGAUUUAGGAUGAGAACUACGCUCCACCACCACAUAAUUGUUCAUUAUUACAGGACCAUAUGUAUAUCUUCGAUUAAGAAAUUUUGUUUUUGGUUCCACUUCAUUAAAAAUCUUCUACCAUAAAUCACUAAUCGGGUAAGAAUUGUGUUUCUUACGCUGCUGUAGUCACUAGAAAUAAAAUGUCUGUUUCAUCACAUCUCAACCAGUCAUUGGCAGCUAUGUAAAGGUUUUGCAUCUCAUUUUAUAUUUUUGUUUCAUUUGCUACCUCAAAUUGC